AUGAAUAUAAAUGCCAAUAACUUCAAGGAACAAUUUCCUCUACUGCAAAAAUGUCUUGACGAAGCCGACUAUGUGGCAUUUGAUUGUGAGUUUUCAGGACUAGACAGGACGAAGGGAGAGUCCAGAGACGGUUCUGCAGCAGAUGCUGGUGAUGAAAUUAUGAACCGGUUGUGUUCGAGUGCACAAACAUUUUCAGUCAUACAACUUGGAUUGUGCUGUAUUCGGCUAUUGCCCAACAAACUUCAGGCAGAAUGUAUCCCUUUCACCAUAGACAUCUCUCCGGCACUUCCAGAUUGUCUGCGUUGUACACGCCGUUGCCAAUACGAUGCACAGACAAUCGACUUUUUACUCAACCAUGGUUUCGAUUUCACAAACCAUUUGGCUAAUGGAGUCAGAUAUGUGACGGAGAUGGAGGAAACGUUCAUUCGGAGCCAGGUGGAUGCGAUGAACAAAGCUAUUGGACAACCCAUGACACUUGACGAAACGGCUUCUCAAGCUGUUCGAGUUGCCCGUAAAAACAUUCAAGCUUGGCUUGCCCAAAAGACACCUGUCUCAAGUUUUUGCAACGUUGACGCACCGAACCGAUACAUCCAAAAAGCCGUUCAUCAACUUGUGGAAACCGAGUUCCCUCAGUUGCACACUAUCUCUAAGCGUACAUUCAUACAAGUACGUAAACAAGAGCACUCGGCCUCUGCUACCGAAAAUGCCGUCUCAGGCAACCCAGCUCAGCAAAGAAUUGCGCGUAAAAAAGAAAGGAUUCUCACUUGUUUGGAAGAGCAUAUCGGUUGUCGAAAAGUGUGGGACCAUCUCAUGAAGUUGAAAGUUCCGUUCGUGUUUCACAAUGGAUUUGCUGACUUGAUGUAUUUGGUAUGCACAUUCUGUGCAGCACCAUCUCUGCAAUCAGUGCAAAGUGAAAGACCCCCAAUCAUUCCCCCAAAACAGUUACUAUCUUCUGUUCGACAACACUUUACCCGUGUCUACGACACUGCCUUGCUUUACACACGGUCUCCUCUGUUGUCGGAUUUCGUCGCAGGCGGUCCUGCAGACCUGCAGACUCUUGCUGCUCUUGUUCACACAUCCAGCAUGUCUCUUCACACUGGCGACAGCAGCAGUUCCGGAGAGGAUAAACAGUCCUCUGACUCACAACUGCCUUUGGAUGCAGGCCCUUGGAGUCAAGCCAUGAACCGCAGAUCCUCCCAUGAAGCCGCGGCGAUUUUACAACAGUCUGUCUCUUAG